AUGGGUCCUAUAAAGGUUCAAGAAGGUGAGACGAGAAGGGUGAUCAAUGGCCCACGUCCAUUUCCAUUGAGAAUCAACAAGGAUUCGUCUAUGAUUCAAAAGCCCUCUUAUUCUAAAAAUACUUUUGGCCAUGAUUUGGGUGAUCAAAAGCAGCAAAACUCGGUUGUAGAGAAGAGGCAACCGGUGAUUAUUUAUACUUAUUCCCCUAAGGUUAUACACGCGCAAGCUCGAGAUUUCAGGGCUUUGGUACAAAAGCUAACUGGUCUUACAAGUUCUGAGGAAGAUACUGCGGAAGCAGAAUGUAAGAAGAAUGAUAUAAGUUCAUCUUCAGGAGAAAAUAAUGGUUUUAAGAUUGUCAAGGAAGAAAAGGUGAAACAUGGUAGUGAUACAUCUUCAAUUUCCCCCAUGAAUAAAGUACAUAAUCCAUAUUUGGCCGAUAUUCCUCUUUUCACUCCAAGUUCCAGUGACUUCCUUUUUUCAUCUCGGCCUCGGCUAUUUCAAUCACCAAGCAUGGCUAGUUCGAUGUCGCCUAGAUUAUUGGAAUUAAUGAAAGGACUUCCUGAAUAUUGA